AUGGAUCCAGGUGCCUUCGGGAACAGGACAACGGUCACUGAGUUCAUCCUUCUUGGCCUAACAGGGAACAUACAACUGCAGCCCAUCCUUUUUGCCCUCUUCCUCUUUGCCUACCUGCUCACAGUUGGGGGCAACCUCAGCAUCCUGGCAGCCAUCCUGGUGGAGCCCAAGCUCCACACCCCCAUGUACUUUCUGGGGAACCUGUCCAUGCUGGACGUUGGCUGCAUCACCGUCAUGGUCCCUCCAAUGCUGGCAUGUCUCUUGGCCCAUCAGUGUGGAGUUCCCUAUGCGGCCUGCAUUUCACAGCUUUUCUUCUUCCAGCUCCUGGCCGGCGUGGACUGUCACCUCCUGACAGCCAUGGCCUAUGACCGCUACCUGGCCAUCUGCCGGCCCCUCAUCUACAGCACCCGCAUGAGCCGUGAAGUCCAGGGUGCCCUGGUGGACAUCUGCUGCGCCAUCUCCUUCAUCAAUGCUCUGACUCACACAGUGGCUGUGUCCGUGCUUGACUUCUGUGGCCCUAAUGUGGUCAACCACUUCUACUGCGACCUCCCACCCGUUUUCCAGUUCUCCUGCUCCAGCACCCACCUCAACAGGCAGCUGCUUUUUGUGGGGGCCACCUUCAUGGGGGUGCUCCCCAUGAUCCUCAUCUCAGUAUCCUAUGCCCACGUGGCAGCUGCAGUGCUAAAAAUCCGCUCAGCCGAGGGCAGGAGGAAGGCCUUCUCCACGUGCGGCUCCCACCUCACCAUGGUCUGCAUCUUUUAUGGAACUGGCUUCUUCAGCUACAUGCGCCUGGGCUCAGUGUCAGUCUCAGACAAGGACAAGGGGAUUGGCAUCCUCAACACCAUCCUCAGCCCCAUGCUGAACCCGCUCAUCUACAGCCUCCGGAACCCUGACGUGCAGGGCGCCCUGCAGUGGGUGCUCACGGGGAGGCAAGCCCCCGAGUGA